CCUCCUCCCUCUCCCUCGACACCACCCCCCGUCUCCACCCUCCCCGCCGCCUGCGCGGCGCCGCCGCGGCGAUCCCCACCACGGCGACCCGCGUAGCCGGCGUGUCCUGCUGCUUCCGCCGCGUGUUCUCUCGCCGGUGACCCCUCGGCGCCCAAGUCGACCUCCUCCCCCCCGCCCCCGCGCCCCCUCUGCCUUCCCCCGCUCCCGUCUCCUCCCGAGCUCGCCUCGCCCUCUCGCCCUCCCGCCCGCCCGCCGCCUGCGCCGAUCUCCAUCCGUCCCGCGCGCGUCUACCCCGUCGCCCUGCUGCUUCCGCCUCCGAGGAAGAACAUGCGUGAUCCAUUCAGUGCCCCAGUCGAUUUCAAUAACGAGAAUCACCGUGCUGGAAAUGAGCUUACCAGGACUAACAUGCCGUUGUCUGUUGGGGACUAUGGUUUGCAAAAUGGUGACGCUACAACCUUUGCUGUAAACACCGACACUCUAGUGAGGCAUCAACUCCAGGGUGCAUCCCUCCAGAAUGACUUGACUGCAGAAGAUUCUAUUACUCGUUUGAUGGAUCCAGAAACUAAGGGGUUAUACUUCAGAUCACGGUCACAAGAGGAAGAGAUCUUAUUGCUUCGCAAGCAAAUUGCAGAUGCUUCUGUAAAAGAGCUACAGUUGCUGAGCGAAAAACAUAUUCUGGAGAGGAAGCUUUUUGACUUGAGAAUGGCUGUUGAUGAGAAGCAGGAAGAUGCUAUAUCUGGUGCUUUGAAGCAACUAAGCCAGAAAAAAGGCCAUGUCGAGGAAAAUAUGAGACUAGCAAAUGAUCUGAAAGGUGAGGAAGAAGAGCUAUACUUCUUCACUUCUUCAUUGCUUAGUAUGUUAGCAGAAUACAAUGUUCGCCCACCUCAAAUAAAUGCUUCAGCCAUUACAGCUGGUACAAAGCGUUUGUACCACCAAAUGCAAUGGAAGAUCAAAUAUUUAAAUGACAGUUUAGGUGAGAUAACUCAACCUGGACACAUAUAUAAUAAUCCCAAUCAUCAACAAGCAACGCCGUUGAGGCAUGAACCUUCCUCAUCUUACAAUACGGAUGCAACUAGGAACAAUUUUCAUCAGUAUGCUCAAGAUCCAAAUGACCGAAAUACUGGACAGAUGUACCAUGGAUCCAAUUAUCAUCAGGAAAUAGUAGCUGCUACCCCCUCUAAUUAUUUUGAAGAAAAUAAUGGUCCUAGAGAAGUAAGAUUAGACGACUCACAGUUUUAUAGGCAGGAUAAUCAAGAGUAUUCAGCUGAUGAUGAUCCUUUGCCUGGUAUUGAGGGGUUUCAAAUUGUUGGGGAGCCUAGACCAGGAUUUACAUUAACAGCAUGUGGUUUCCCUACCAAUGGUACCACCCUUUGUAAUUUCCAGUGGGUUAGAUAUCUUGAUAAUGGCACCAGGCAGUCUAUUGAAGGUGCUACGAUGUAUGACUACGUUGUUACUGCUGAUGAUGUUGACACUCUUCUGGCUGUAGACUGCACGCCUAUGGAUGAUAAUACCCGUCAGGGUGAAUUGGUUACAGAGUAUGCUAACAACGGGAGCAAGAUAACUUGCGAUCCGGAGAUGCAGAACACUAUUGAUAUGCAUAUAUCGAAUGGGAGAGCUCACUUUAAUCUUCUUGUGCUGGGAUAUUCUUCUGAUGAGUGGGAACUAGCCAUCUUGACGCUUAAACGAACUGGGUACCAUAUUAAGGUCAAGGAUGAAGUUCUAACCGAAGAGAAAUAUUCAUCAAAUCUACAGACAAAAAUUCCGAAUGGACGCACUACUCAAUUUGUUUUAGUUAGUUCUGGAGGUGUAAAUAUACCAUUUAACACACAGGGAAUAUCAGAACCAAAUAACGAGGAUAGCGAUGUUAGGUUACGUGAUCUAAUCGUAUUGGUCUUGAGAACUUUCCAGAUCUCAUGACAGGUUGAAUCUAAUGCAGGCAUUAGAUGCUAAAAGGAAAGGAAAGGUUUAGACUUGGAUUCUGUGUAGAAGAAUUUUGCUCAUUGUUUUGUGCAGUCUUCACUUUUUGGAUUUUGAGAUGAAAGGACACAUUUUAAGACUUAAAUGGUGGUGUGUAGGCAAAAAAAAAAAGAAGAAGAUCAAAUCAGUGUUAAAAAUGUGUAGUAUGUGUUGUUCUGCUUUUCGCAUUUCUUUUCUUUCCCCAUGUUUUCCCCCUCUGCUAGGUUAUUUAGUUUUAGAGAUACUAUUGUAUUUAAUGAAGUCUGAGAAAAAUCCAAUGCUGUAAGUAAACUUCAGAGGUAUUCUCUGCAGCCAUCUAAUUUUGAUUUAUUAGUGCGACUGCAAUUUUUUUAAUCUCGUCACUGAUGUUGUAUUUAAUUUUGUUCAAUGGAGGAGGUCCUAGACCAUGUGUAAUUUUGUAUAACUUUGGAUUCCCACUGAUCCCGCUGCUGUUUU